GGGGACGGAAAAAAAUGGCGUCUAGUCAUGGAGCUGCUGCCACGGCGGCGGCGCUCCAGAACCACCACCAGUACUCCAGCGGACCCCCCUGGAGCCCGGGCACCAGCCCGCAGCAGCAGUACCACACGGCCCGCAGCCUGGACCGGGCUCUGGAGGACGCGGGCUGCUCGGGGAUCCUGAACCUGAGCGGCAGGAAGCUGCGCGAGUACCCGGGGCUGAGCUACGACCUCACGGACACCACACAAGCAGACCUGUCUAAGAACCGGCUGACGGACGUCCCCCCCGAGGUCUGCCUGUUCGCCCCCCUGGAGUCGCUCAGCCUCUACCACAACUGCAUCAAGAGCAUCCCGGAGGCCGUCGUCAACCUGCAGAUGCUCACGUACCUGGACAUCAGCCGGAACCUCCUGCCGGCGCUGCCCCGCUUCCUGUUCAGCCUCCCGCUCAAGGUUCUCCUGGUGAGCAACAACAAGCUGGCCGCGCUGCCCGAGGAGCUGGGCCGGGCCAAGGACCUGAUGGAGCUGGACGUGAGCUGUAAUGAGAUCCAGGUGCUGCCGGCUCAGGUGGGGCGGCUGCGCUCGCUGAGGGAACUCAACAUCAGGAAGAACCGUCUCCACCUGCUGCCCGAGGAGCUGGCCGAUCUGCCCCUCGUCCUCCUCGAUUUCUCCUGCAACAAGAUCACAGAGAUUCCUCCGGCCUACAGGAAGCUCUGGCAGCUGCAGCACAUCAUCCUGGACAACAACCCCAUGCAGUCGCCACCUGCACAGAUUUGCCUCAAGGGCAAAGUGCACAUCUUCAAGUACCUGAACAUCCAGGCGUGCCGGACGGACAAGAAGCCGGACACGCUGGACCUGCCCUCGCUCGGCAAGCGCUGCCUUCCACAGCCGCUCACAGACAGCAUGGAAGAUUUUUAUCCCGGGAAGAACCACGGGCCCGACUCUGGAAUUGGAAGUGACAACGGAGACAAGAGGCUUUCUGCCACUGAGCCUUCGGACGACGACACCGUCAGCCUCCACUCUCAGGUCUCGGAGACGGCUCGCGCUGACGCCCUUUCCCUUCUCUCGAAGAUGGAUUCCGUCAAAGAUCAGGACCUGUAUGACUUCAUAGAGGCCAACCCGGACGAGGACCCGGCUCUGUCCGAGUGUGACGGGCAGCAGAGCCACGUGUCCUGCAUCAAGGAACUGGAGAAGGUUCUCAACAUGUCCCACCAGAGCAAAGACAAAGAGGAGUCGGGCUCCGAUAAGGAGCAGCUGGUUGAGGAGGAGGAUGACGAGCUGAAGGAGGUGCUGGACUUGAGGAAGAUUGCUGUGCAGCUUUUGCAGCAGGAGCAGCAGAACAGGCGACGGUCCUUGAUUUGCAGAGCAGAAAGUCUCAUCCACCGACGGAGAGUGACGGGCCGAGCACACAGGUUUCUGAGCUACUCCGGAAGCUCCGGCAGCAAACCGAGGCCCUCCCCUCAGACCGCCCGCAGCGCUUCUCUGGAUGAAGGCAGCAGCGGAGCGCCGGUGCUGAGCGGACAGCCUUCGUCCUCGUGCUCAUUCGACGGCGGCCUGAAGUCGGAUCAGUCGAAGUCGGAGCCCAAUUGGCCCGAAGUCCCACCGGUCCUCAAUCAGAACGAAGACCGCAGGAGGAACAAGUACCUGAGGAAAGAUUACCUGAAGUACAAGUGUCAGAGCGCUCGGAAAAGCUCCGGCGGGAACGACGACAGUGAGGAGGGAUUGCGCAAUGUUGACUUCAGCACCACGCUGACUGUGUUUGGACUGAAGCCGAGAUCAGCCUUCACCAAAGGAAGCCGCCAGGAGUUCGCCUCCACGGACCCCAGCUUCACCAUGAGGAGGAAGAUGGAGCACUUGAGGGAGGAAAUCGAGCAGAUAGGACUCCUACGGCAGAACAUGGAGUCCAGGCUCAAGGUUCUGCUCCCGGACGACGUCGGCGCCGCUCUGAUGGACGGGGUGGUGCUUUGCCAUUUAGCCAAUCACAUCUGUCCUCGCUCCGUCGCCAGCAUCCACGUGCCGUCUCCCGCCGUGCCGAAGCUCAGCAUGGCGAAGUGCCGAAGGAAUGUGGAGAACUUCUUGGAUGCCUGUAAGAGGCUGGGCGUGACUCAGGACAAGCUGUGUCUGCCCCAUCACAUCCUGGAGGAGCGCGGCCUGCUGAAGGUGGGGGCCACCGUCCAGGCUCUGCUGGACCUGCCCACGCCCACGCACCCGGCAGCCGUUUGAACCCCCCCACCCACGUAGCCCGGGACCGGAGAGGGCGAUGGACCCCGUGUGGGUCUCUGGGCCGUUUGCUUUCUGCCUGACUGAAACAGGAGCGCCUCUUCGGGCCUCUUCAUAUGACGUCAGCCACCUCCUCCUCCGCCUCCGCGCUGCCCCACCUCCACCUCCUUUCCUACGUGUGUGUCCGGUUCCAAGUCACCGGGGGGGGGGGGGUCCUGUACAUGUGUGGACCAGCGGCGUGACCGCGAGGGGGGAUGACAGACGUGUGACUCCCUGAAGAGACGGAUGCUGACCGCGGACUGACCUCGAGGGUUCUGACACUCGUUGGGUUUCUCUUCUUUAUUGUGUGGAAUUUUUUUACAUUUUUUUCCACGUGAAAAUCAAAUUUUUUUAUUUGAUAGUGUUGUUUUUACAUUCUGUUCCUGCUGUGUCUGCUUUUCAGCACCCAAACCUGAUUUAUUAAGUUGUGCUGACUUUUCUGAGCUGUCACAUCUCAACGUCGGCCUUCUUUUUGUUGAGCGGCGAGAAUCUGGAUCUGACGCCGUGCGCACAGGUCGCUACCACCGACCCGCACGCCGUGACCUUUGACCUCUGUGAGAGGAACGCUCGAGGCUUCAGGUCCGGUUUUUUGUAGCGUUUUUCUUUUUUCAUGCAACGUUUCUGAAGAAAAAAACGAUUCUGUAGAACUUUUGUAACGAUUUUAUACUUUUAUUUCCAGUUAUUGCCGAUCAUCAAACGCCAUUCAGUUGCAUAACCUGUGAUGAAACAUGCUGUGUGUGUGUGUGUGUGUGCGCGUGUGUGUGCGUGUGUGUGUGUGCUUCUACACACUGCCACCUGUGUGUGUGUUUGUGCUGUGUGUGUGUGUCCUUCUACACACUGCUGACCCGUUGCUGUGUGUAUGUGUGUGUGCGUGCGUGUGUUUCCUUCUACACACAGCUACCUAUGUGUGUGUGUGCAUGCAUGUGUGUGUGUGUGUGUGCGUGCUUCUACACAUUGCCACCUGUGUGUGUGUGCAUGCGUGUGUGUGUGUGUGCGUGCUUCUACACAUUGCCACCUGUGUGUGUGCAUGCGUGUGUUUCCUUCUACACACUGCCACCUAUGUGUGUGUGUGUGCAUGCGUGUGUGUGUGUGCGUGCAUGUGUUUCCUUCUACACACUGCCACCUAUGUGUGUGUGUGAGCGUGUGUGUGUGCUUCUACACACUGCCACCUAUGUGUGUGUGUGUGCAUGCGUGUGUGCGUGUGUUUCCUUCUACACACUGCCACCUAUGUGUGUGUGUGUGUGUGCAUGCGUGUGUGCGUGUGUUUCCUUCUACACACUGCCACCUGUAUGUGUGCGUGUGUGCGUGUGUUUCCUUCUACACACUGCCACCUGUGUGUGUGUGCAUGCGUGUGUGUGUGUGUGCGUGUGUUUCCUUCUACACACAGCCACCUGAGCGUGUGUGUUUGUGUUUGUGUGCUUCUACACACUGCCACCUGUGUGUGUGUUUGUGUGUGUCCAACCCACUGCCGACCCGCUGCUGUGUGUGUGUCUUUGUGUGUGUGUGUGUGUGUGUGUGUGUGUGUGUGUGUGCCUUCUACACACUGCCAGCCCGCUGCUGUGUGUGUGUGGUUUCUUAUACAGUUAAUUAUUUCAGGGAAAUGAAAUUAUUUAUGUAUUUAUUCAUGUUUUAUUUCAUUGUUUACGUUGUGUGUUCGGGUGUGUCCACCUGAACGUUUAGAUGUCCCCCGGUCAACUUCAUAACUCUGAGGCAGGAAAUCAGAAAAUGACUGUAAGCAUCUGGAAGAGAAGCUCCUCUUCAUCCUUUUCAUCAUCUGCAUGUCGCAUAUCGGCGUAACGUGACAGCUGUCACACGUCAACAACACGCUAAACACACGCGUGUGCACCGUGUCAGUGGAGCCGCUUACAGUGUGGACAAAAGGUUAUUAAAGGUUCUUAUUUGAAGGAUUAUUAUUUCUGCAGAGCAAUAUCAAUCUUCUUGUCGGGGCAGACGCUCCACGGGAAAAACACUCAACGAUCCUGGAGAUUAAAGUAAAGCUUUAAAUUAAUAAAUAUUAAUAUCAUAAAUCAGAGUUAGUGAUGAUGGACGAAGGCUUUCUGUGUUUUAUGGUUUAUUUAAUGUACAGAGGGAAAGUAUUCAGACCCCUUUUUAAAAUGUUCACUCUUUGUUUCAUUGCAGCCAUUUGCUAAAAUCAAAAAAGUUCAUUUUAUUUCUCAUGGUUGUUCCCUCGGCUCCCCAUCUGGACCGGAAAAUACAGAAAUGUAGAAAUUUGUGCAAAUUUAUUAAAAAAGAAAAACUGAAAUAUCCCAUAAGAAGCUGAGGACUCGCAUCAAUGACGUCAUUCAAUGAAAUGUGACUAUUAAAGGCUUUCUGGACAUAAACGUU